AUGGCGGAGUUAGGAGUGAGUCGGGGCUUAUACUAAGAGAACUCCUAUUCGGGAUGACUCACGGGUAAACCAUGUGGUAAUUAUCCUACACUCAUUCCUCCCUUUGAUCCACUGAAUACAUUACGAGUGAAAUUCUCUGUGGAAUACAGGUUGUGUGUUGACUAAGUUAGUUUGAUUUUCCAUCUAUCAUAUAUUCCAUACUUCCUGUGUUUUAACACAUAAUGUAGGCAGCCUGCUAUCCUGAAUGGAUAUCUGUGGCUUAUUCAAUAUAUAUAUUUUUAAAGGUCAUUUAACUGGAUGAAUGCUUCACCAUUACCCUUUAGGGAAGCCAUAAAGGAUAAAAUGGUAAGGCAGUCUUUUUGCCCUUGAAUAUAAUUUGUGUGUGUGUGUGUGUGAGAGCAGGGAGGAUUGUUGCUGAUGGCCACCCUUUCUUUCCAUUCUAGAGAGCUCUUUAGAGUUAUUAGAGCAGCACACCCACCCUGGAGCUGCUGAGUGCUGAAACACACUCCUCCCUUCCUCCAUCCAUCCCUCCCUCAACUCCUUACCAAUCCCUCUGAUUGAACACCUCCACUGGGUGCUUUGCUCUGCUGUUCUGUUCAGUGUGGGGCCAAUUCAUUGUUCCUAAUAGUUGGGUGUAAAUGUUUCUGUCAGCGUUAUACCUUAGUAAUCCAAUCCAGUGUGUUAGGCUGGGUACAGAAUGCGGCAGGACGCUGAUGAAUAUUAAUGGUGAGCGGCUGCUACCCGGGGACCCAUAGCUAUGUCUUAUAUUUCUGCUGAUGCUAUUGAAAUACAGGAAGAAAUCAGCUGAUGUGGGUCUCAACCAGCCGUGGGCUGCAUGCAAAUCACUAUUCAUGGUGACCCUUUAUUAGCUAAAAACCCAGGCAGACAAAGACAGCAGAGGUAGAGAGAGACAUCAUGGCCAGGGUUAACCCCUGUCAAAGCGAUCUCAGAGUGUGUGUCCCAAAUGGCACCCUAUUCCCUAUACAGUGCACUACGUUUGACCAGAGCCCUAUGGGCCCUGGUCAAGGGCUCUGGACAAACGUAGUGCACUAUAUUGGGAAUAGAGUGCAUUUCGGGACACAGACAGAGAGUAGGAAUUAUUCAAGGGAUAUGACUGCCGUGCCUGAAAGUGAAAUUGAUGCCAAUGAAGAGAUGGAGUUGAAAUGUUUGAGGUGUUUUUCCAGGUUGUGUCAAGAUUGUUCUUAAGUGUCUUAACAUGUCAAUGCUUCCUGUCUUUUAUCACCACGCAGCAACAAGAACAAGACCCCACCAACCUGUAUAUCUCAAACCUGCCGCUGUCGAUGGACGAGCAGGAGCUUGAGACCAUGCUCAAGCCCUUUGGCCAGGUCAUCUCUACCCGAAUACUGAGGGACUCCAAUGGAGCCAGUAGAGGGGUGGGCUUUGCAAGGUCAGCCACUAGUAGUAGAAUGAACAGGAGCCACAACCCAACAUUCAUGAAUGGCAUUUUUAUUCACAUGACUGAAAUUGAUAGCCUAAAUGCCAGUCCAUUUGUGCUAUCACGCCAACUCCUUGUCAUUCAUUGUCGUGCAAAACCAAUGUUUGGCUUGGCAAGGAUAGCAAUGGAGUUUACAAGAGCACAAACAGAUCAGGCUAAAAAUGUAUUAUCAUGUAAUCAAAAUUCCCAACUGCAUUGCUUGAUUAUAGCCCAUUCAUUUGCAGUGAGGAGCUAUUGUAUUUCCACUUUUCCCCAGAGAGAAUGAGUGAACACACUUUGGUUAGACGUGGAUUUUAAUGGACGAUGAAGAGUUAAUGUAUUGAAGUGCCUGUUGAAGAUCAGUUUCGUUAUGACUGGGGUGGUGUAAUUAUAGUGUUAACGUGGACCGCCGCCUUUCAUGCUCACAUAACAGGACACUUGACUGACUAACCUGAAAGGGAGGCCAAGCCCUUGAUUCACAAAGCAGAAACACAAUAUUCUGUCUGUCUAUGAGAGGGUGUGUGGUCAAGUCCCUGCCUGCAUGCAUGUUACCCCAGAUCCAGAGCAGAGAUAUAUUUACUAUAUUACAUUUCUAUAUGAAUAUAUAUUAACCUCAAGUACACUCUAGGACCUGCAACCAAGAUUAAAGCCCAGGAUAUUGAUCCAUUUAAAAAACAUUUAUUGGAAAGUCUACAUUUAUAUUCAGUCUAAAACAUAAAGCACUGUAGGAUGCCACCAUGUGAUUCUGCAGUAUAUAUAAUGAAAUUGAUUUAACUUCUCAUCUCCUGCGUAUUUCAGGAUGGAGUCGACAGAGAAAUGUGAUUCAGUUAUCUCUCACUUCAACGGGAAGUUUAUUAAGACACCACCUGGAGUUGCUGGUAAGAGACCGAUUUCUACCAACCAAUUAUUUUUCACUCUUUCAUCAGCUGCACUGGCUCUCAAGUGUUAGCUCUUUUAUUAAACAGCUUCAAAUUACAGUAAAAGAUGGAUUGCCUAUUGGUUCAUUGGGAUGUGAACCAAUACAGUGAGUGGUCAAGCAGCAGAUCUGUGGUCCCUUCAGGAGGUUGGGUCUGUGUCCAAAAUGGCAUCCUUUUCCUUAUAUAGUGCACUACUGUUGACCAGGGCCCUAGUGCCAUAGACCCUCUACUAAGAGGCAGAGUGCCUUCUGUGGCUGGAGAGCUGCGUUCUUUCCCAGUCUAAGCUAUUUAAUUGGAUUAAUCGACUGAAAUAGUGUCCUCUGGCCCUGCCGCCUUUAGUAAAGGACAGGGAUUACAGGGCCACAGCUGUCAAAUGAGAUGUCCUGUGUUUCUCAGCCGGGCUAAAAGCCCACUCCCAGGCUCAGUUAGCUGCCUGAUUGACUGUACAGUAACAUUUACAUUUUAGUCAUUUAGCAGAUGCUCUUAUCCAGAGCGACUUACAGGAGCAAUUGGGGUUAAGUGCCUUGCUUAAGGGCACAUGGACAGAUUUUUCACCUAGUCUACCUAGGGAUUCGAACCAGCGACUUUUCGGUUACUGGCCCAACACUCUUAACCACUAGGCUACCUGCCUCCCCCUUUGUCUCCUCUCUCUCCCUUUGUCCCCUCUCUCUCCCUUUGUCCCCCCUCUCUCCCUUUGUCUCCUCUCUCUCCCUUUGUCCCCUCUCUCUCCCUUUGUCCCCCCUCUCUCCCUUUGUCCCCCCUCUCUCCCUUUGUCUCCUCUCUCUCCCUUUGUCCCCCCUCUCUCCCUUUGUCCCCCCUCUCUCCCUUUGUCUCCUCUCUCUCCCUUUGUCCCCUCUCUCUCCCUUUGUCCCCCCUCUCUCCCUUUGUCUCCUCUCUCUCCCUUUGUCCCCUCUCUCUCCCUUUGUCCCCUCUCUCUCCCUUUGUCUCCUCUCUCUCCCUUUGUCCCCUCUCUCUCCCUUUGUCCCCUCUCUCUCCCUUUGUCUCCUCUCUCUCCCUUUGUCUCCUCUCUCUCCCUUUGUCCCCUCUCUCUCCCUUGUCCCCUCUCUCUUCCCUUUGUCCCCUCUCUCUCCCUUUGUCCCCUCUCUCUCCCUUUGUCCCCUCUCUCUCCCCUUUGUCCUCCCUCCUUGUCCCCUCUCCCCUUUGUCCCCCUCUCUCUCUCCCUUUGUCCCCUCUCUCUCCCUUUGUCUCCUCUCUCUCCCUUUGUCCCCUCUCUCUCCUUUGUCCCCUCUCUCUCCCUUUGUCCCCCUCUCUCUCCCUUUGUCCCUCUCUCUCCCUUUGUCUCCACUCUCUCCCUUUGUCCCCUCUCUCUCCCUUUGUCCCCUCUCUCUCCCUUUGUCUCCUCUCUCUCCCUUUGUCUCCACUCUCUCCCUUUGUCCCCUCUCUCUUCUCCCUUUGUCCCCUCUCUCUCCCUUUGUCUCCACUCUCUCCCUUUGUCCCCCUCUCUCCCCUUGUCCCCUCUCUCCCCUUUGUCCCUCUCUCCUCCCUUUGUCCCCCCCUCUCCCUUUGUCUCCUCUCUCUCCCUUUGUCCCCUCUCUCUCCCUUUGUCCCUCUCUCUCCCUUUGUCUCUCUCUCCUCUCUCUUCCCCCUUUGUCCCCCCUCCCUCACCCUUUGUCCCCUCUCACUCCCUUUGUCCCCCCUCUCUCCCCCUUUGUCCCCCCUCUCUCUUCCUUUGUCCCCCCUCUCUCCCUUUGUCCCCUCUCUCUCCCUUUGUCUCCACUCUCUCCCUUUGUCCCCCUCUCUCCCUUUGUCCCCUCUCUCUCCCUUUGUCCCCUCUCUCUCCCUUUGUCCCCCCUCUCUCCCUUUGUCUCCUCUCUCUCCCUUUGUCCCCUCUCUCUCCCCUUUGUCCCCCUCUCUCUCCCUUUGUCUCCCUCUCUCUCCCCCUUUGUCCCCCCCUCUCUCUCCCUUUGUCUCCUCUCUCCUCCCCUUUGUCCCCCAUCUCUCUCCCUUUUCCCUUCUCUCUCCCUUUGUCCCCCCUCCCUCACCCUUUGUCCCCUCUCCCUCCCUUUGUCCCCCUCUCUCCUCCCUUUGUCCCCCCUCUCUCCCCCUUUGUCCCCCCCUCUCCCCCUUUGUCCCCCCUCUCUCUCCCUUUGUCUCCUCUCUCUCCCUUUGUCCCCCUCUCUCUCCCCUUUGUCCCCUCUCACUCCCCCUUUGUCCCCCCUCUCUCUCCCUUUGUCCCCCCCCUCUCUCCCUUUGUCCCCUCUCUCUCCCUUUGUCCCCCCCUCUCUCCCUUUGUCCCCCCUCUCUCCCUUUGUCCCCUCUCUCUCCCUUUGUCCCCCCUCUCUCCCCCUUUGUCCCCCCUCUCUCCCCCUUUGUCCCCCCCUCUCUCCCUUUGUCCCCUCUCUCUCCCUUUGUCCCCUCUCUCUCCCUUUGGCCCCCCCUCUCUCUCUCGCUCUCUCACUUUCUCUUUCUCUCCAGUGCCACUGGAGCCCUUGCUGUGUAAGUUUGCUGACGGCGGGCAGAAAAAGAGGCAGAGCCAGUAUAAAUAUGUGCAGAACGGCCGUGCGUGGGCUAGAGACGGCGAUGCAAGACUGGUGAGUGCUGCUGCCCUUUCGUUUCAGUAUGCAUGUUGGAUGGCGUGGGAUUACUGUACAUGGAAGAGCACAUCUAUAGGAAGGGUGUUCAGACAGGAGAACUCACACAAAGGCUAUGUGUUUGUAUGUGUAAAAACAGUCUAGUUCCAAUUUUAAUAAACAUACGUCAAGGUUCAAUCUUAUACCUAAAACUCUUUGACAGAGUUAUGAGGUGUAAAUACAGUAAUUAGUCUACAUACAGUGGGGAAAAAAAGUAUUUAGUCAGCCACCAAGUGUGCAAGUUCUCCCACUAAAAAAGAUGAGAGAGGCCUGUAAUUUUCAUCAUAGGUACACGUCAACUAUGACAGACAAAAUGAGGAAAAAAAAUCCAGAAAAUCAUAUUGUAGGAUUUUUAAUGAAUUUAUUUGCAAAUUAUGGUGGAAAAUAAGUAUUUGGUCAAUAACAAAAGUUUCUCAAUACUUUGUUAUAUACCCUUUGUUGGCAAUGACACAGGUCAAACGUUUUCUGUAAGUCUUCACAAGGUUUUCACACACUGUUGCUGGUAUUUUGGCCCAUUCCUCCAUGCAGAUCUCCUCUAGAGCAGUGAUGUUUUGGGGCUGUCGCUGGGCAACACGGACUUUCAACUCCCUCCAAAGAUUUUCUAUGGGGUUGAGAUCUGGAGACUGGCUAGGCCACUCCAGGACCUUGAAAUGCUUCUUACGAAGCCACUCCUUCGUUGCCCGGGCGGUGUGUUUGGGAUCAUUGUCAUGCUGAAAGACCCAGCCACGUUUCAUCUUCAAUGCCCUUGCUGAUGGAAGGAGGUUUUCACUCAAAAUCUCACGAUACAUGGCCCCAUUCAUUCUUUCCUUUACACGGAUCAGUCGUCCUGGUCCCUUUGCAGAAAAACAGCCCCAAAGCAUGAUGUUUCCACCCCCAUGCUUCACAGUAGGUAUGGUGUUCUUUGGAUGCAACUCAGCAUUCUUUGUCCUCCAAACACGACGAGUUGAGUUUUUACCAAAAAGUUAUAUUUUGGUUUCAUCUGACCAUAUGACAUUCUCCCAAUCCUUUUCUGGAUCAUCCAAAUGCACUCUAGCAAACUUCAGACGGGCCUGGACAUGUACUGGCUUAAGCAGGGGGACACGUCUGGCACUGCAGGAUUUGAGUCCCUGGCGGUGUAGUGUGUUACUGAUGGAAGGCUUUGUUACUUUGGUCCCAGCUCUCUGCAGGUCAUUCACUAGGUCCCCCCGUGUGGUUCUGGUAUUUUUGCUCACCGUUCUUGUGAUCAUUUUGACCCCACGGGGUGAGAUCUUGCGUGGAGCCCCAGAUCGAGGGAGAUUAUCAGUGGUCUUGUAUGUCUUCCAUUUCCUAAUAAUUGCUCCCACAGUUGAUUUCUUCAAACCAAGCUGCUUACCUAUUGCAGAUUCAGUCUUCCCAGCCUGGUGCAGGUCUACAAUUUUGUUUCUGGUGUCCUUUGACAGCUCUUUGGUCUUGGCCAUAGUGGAGUUUGGAGUGUGACUGUUUGAGGUUGUGGACAGGUGUCUUUUAUACUGAUAGAAAGUUCAAACAGGUGCCAUUAAUACAGGUAACGAGUGGAGGACAGAGGAGCCUCUUAAAGAAGAAGUUACAGGUCUGUGAGAGCCAGAAAUCUUGCUUGUUUGUAGGUGACCAAAUACUUAUUUUCCACCAUAAUUUGCAAAUAAAUUCAUAAAAAAUCCUACAAUGUGAUUUUCAGGAUUUUCUUUUCUCAAUUUGUCUGUCAUAGUUGACGUGUACCUAUGAUGAAUAUUACAGGCCUCUCUCAUCUUUUUAAGUGGGAGAACUUGCACAAUUUGUGGCUGACUAAAUACUUUUUUUCCCCACUGUAGGUGUCAAGGGGAGAUUUGUUUAAGGCUAAUGUGACUGUUUGUGUGGGUUGCCCCAGGGUAUGGGUUAGCUUGUCUCAUUUUAGCUCUCUUGUUCAUUUCUAUGUCCCCAGGCUGGAAUGACCCUCACAUACGACACCACCACAGCGGCUAUGCAAAACGGGUAAGAGCCACCGAAACAAAUCCCCUGUGUUCAUAAUGCAAUUUUUUAUUAUGUCAAUUCAGCAUUUACUUAUUUUUAUUUUUUUUUUGGGGGGGGGGGGGUAAACUGUGAGUAAGGAAUCAAUCAAAUCAAAGGCAUAUUAUUUUGUGGUGUGUAGGACUUUAUAAACGUUUGAAUUUCCCUCUACAGAUUUUAUGCGUCUCCAUACAGCAUCGGAAACAGGAUGAUUGCUCAAACGUCCAUGUCUCCAUAUCUCUCACCUAUCUCCACGUACCAGGUUGGCAUCUACCUCAUUCAAUUGAUAUGGAUGGAUGGGUUUGCAUGACUUUGAGUAGCAUUACUGUUCUACACACCCAUAAUACACACUUUCUGUAAUUGACCAGGUCUGUAUGUAUGUAUUAACCUUAUAUAACACUUAUCUCAGAGGGCUCUCCUUAGAGGUUUGGGGCUGGGGCUGUGAGAGGUCACUAUGGCCUUACUCCCUGGACUGUGUCCCAAAUGGCACCCUAUCCCCUGUAUAGUGCACUAAUUUUGUACUUUUGACCAGAGCCCUAUAGGUACUGGUCAAAAGUACUGCACAAGUAGUGCACUUUAUAGGGAAUAGGGUGCCAUUUGGGACGCACCCUGUAGUGCUGAGCCAAACAGAGAGGCAUGUGAGCUCCUGAAAUAGCUCCUGCCCUGUGACCUGUGCCAGUGUGUUUACAGAGUGAAUGUGUGAUGUUCCAGGUACAGAAUCCCUCCUGGGUUACCCACCAGCCCUACAUCAUGCAGCACCCAGUAAGACCAAAUAAACAACCUUACUUGACUCUCUCUUUCACUCCCCCUGCUUCUUUUUCUCAUCAUCUCCUGUCCUCAUUUUCUUCCCUCACCUUGGAAUGUAAUGUUUCUCCUCUCCUUCUCUUCUCUCCUUCCCUUCUCUCCUCUCUCUUCUGUUCUUUCUUACUCUGGGCAGGUGUAGAUCAGCUGUAUGCAGAUGUUCCCUUUGCUCUAUGUUUAGAAAAGAGGAGAAACAGGGAGGUGAAAAGUAAGAUGGAUGGUAGUGAGGCCACACAUACAGGGUGUGACUGGGCUCUCUGGGAUUUACUGGCACUACGGUGAAAUACUGCCUGGCUCUCUUGGUGAUGCUCACCACUCACCACACAACAAGUUGGAAGCGCUUCAAACAUCUUGUGUUUGAUGAGUGAUUCCAUUUGUAUUUCCUAACAGAUGGUAGGGAGCUGAGUAAUUGUUGUUCUGUACAGUAAAGUAGUACCUGCUUUUACAAGGAAAUAGUGGUUCCCAGUGGGUGUUUUAAUUACAAAUACUCCAAUUUGCCUCUAGCUUGCUCAGUGAUAAUAACCCAGGAUUGUCAGUGGUUGCUUCCCAAUUGCACCCUAUUCCCUAUGUAGUGCCUACACCUCUGGUCAAAGGUUGUGCACUAUAUACAGAAUAGAGUGCCAUUUGGGAUGCAUCCAGUGACUUCUAAAGUCAGUGUGGCCAGCUACCUUGUAAUGUGGAUAUAGGAUAUGAAGUCUGACGCACUGAGCUCAGUUGAUCUCCCUCUCGGUCUGAAACCUAACAGAGGGCAUGCCCUUGUGGAAUGAUACAUGAUUCAGGAAAGGAAGGGUUUAAUCUAGGUAUUAUUCUAACCCUCUCCAGCUCCACCUAUCUGCCCUGACUAGUUCCAGACACUUAACAGGAAGGCUGCGUCUUAAAUGGCACCCUAUUCCCUUUUCAGUGGACUACUUUUGACCAGGUUCCAUAGGGCUCUUGUCAAAAGUAGUGCACUACGUGGGCCCCGUGUAGCUCAGUUGGUAGUGCAUGGCGCUUGCAACGCCAGGGUUGUGGGUUCGAUUCCCACGGGGGGCCAGUAUGAAAAUGUAUGCACUCACUAACUGUAAGUCGCUUUGGAUAAGAGCGUAUGCUAAAUGACUAAAAUGUAAAAUGAAAUAGGGUGCCAUUCUGGACGCACCUGAGGUCUGUCCUUCUUUCUCUCUUACACUGUCUCUCACUCCUCUGUUUCUGCCAUUUUGAUAUUGCAUGAUAUUCGUGGGUGUGUGUAGCAUUUACUUAUUAUAAGUACAAAGAAAUAUAGGAUCCAUGAAUGUCUGUGUGCCUCUGCUAUCGUGCUCUCAUCCUCUUACACUCUCUGCCCCAGGGAGCGGUGAUAUCGCCCUCUAUGGACCAUACUAUGUCACUACAGCCUACAUCCAUGAUGAGCCCUCUCACUCAGCAGAUGAGUCAUCUCUCCAUGGGAAGCACAGGAACGGUGAGAGAUCUGGGGUCGCAGGGUCAAAUACCUCUAAACUGUGUUCAUGUGUUGUAUAAUUAGAGCAAAGGCUGUUUGUAUCAAGCGUUUCAGAGUAGGAGUGCUGAUCUAGGAUCAGUUUAGCCUUUUUUAGAUUAUAAUAAAUAAGAUUACAUGGACCUGAUCCUAGACCAGUGCUCCUACUCUGAGACACUCGCAUACAGCCCCAGAAGUACAUUUGAUGUCGGAAUCUGUAUUGUAUAUAGUGCAAUUUAGAUGGAUUCAUGCUAACACAGUUCUGUCCUUCCUUGUGCAGUACAUGGCUGCAAACUCUAUGCAAGGAGCCUAUAUUCCCCAGUACACACACAUGCAGACUGCAAAUGUUCCAGUGGAGGUUUGAGAUUCUUUUACUAUUUAUUAAUCCUAUUUUAUGCUGUCCUGUACCUUGGCUGUACCUAUAGGGCCGGUUUACCAGACACAGAUUAGGCCUAGUUCUGGACUCAAAAGUUAUUUCAAUGGAGAAUCUCCAUUAAGAAUGAUUUUUAGUCCAGGACUAGGUCUGUGAAACAAGGCCCAUAAGAUUUUAGCUAUACUUACGACUUGGAUGUUUAUAGAUGCUAGAUAAAAGAGAUAAUUCACAUAGAUAACCAUUGAUGUAUUUAUAGAUGCUAAACUGCUGUUGAGCCUUAUCCAGUCUUAAUUUUCCUUCCAGGACAACAGUCAGCAACAACAGGUGGAGUCAUCCGGUGAUCAUUCCCCAUACACCUACCAACAAACCAAGUAAUACGGAGGUACAGUCAGUGUGGGAUCUUUUUCAUAUGUCAUACAUGGGGUGCAUCUCAAAUGGCACCCUAUUCCCUAUAUAGUGCACGAGUACAGAACUUAGUGCACUAUAUAGGGAAUAUGGUGCCAUUUGGGACCAUGGUCUUCAGGCUAGCCUGUAUGGUUGUGUGUAGAUGUUUUAUAUUAUAAAAUGGAUUGUUUGGAUCCUGGAUCCUGGAUGCUGAUUGGUUGAUAGCAGGGAGUUAUUCACCACAAUCCCCGGGUAUUGCCUGUUAACAGUUCCAUGUAAAUUGUCAAUGCGCAUCCACUGUGCCACAGCCCAGCUAGGCCAUUCAUAAACGUAAUCUCCCCUGGAAAAAAGCAUUAAGACAUUAUGGUCCCAUGUGGCUCAGUUGGUAGAGCAUGGCGCUUGCAACGCCAGGCUUGUGGGUUCGAUUCCCACGGGGAACCAGUACAAAAAUGUAUGCACUCCUUACUGUAAGUCGCUCUGGAUAAGAGCAUCUGCUAAAUGACUAAAAUGUAAAUUUCCCCAUGCUUGUAAGUCUAUCAUGAGGUUUGCAACAUUGGGGGUUUGUCUAAACUUUGCUGCCUGCCUCGCCGACCUGUGCAACAAUGUUGCGAUCUCCCCUGUGCCAUAUGAGACUGACAGCUUCUCUGAGCCAGGCGAAUUCAUUAAUUUAUAGGAUCAUUAUAAUGGAUAUAUCCAUAGAAAUGGCAAUAGAAACAAAGGUAAAACAAACAAAAUUGCACAUAGUUUGCUGUCAAUUCAGCUGCUUGGUGUGAUUGUGAGUUAGCUUUAGUUGGCUAGCUAGCAAAGCAGAAGUAGCUAGCCUGCGUAGCUACAUGCCAAUGAUUUGUUUAGCAUAGCCCAGCCAAAUAGAAUGGAUAGAAUGAAUGACCAGCCUGUUUGGCUAGCAACUUCACAAUCUCAGAACUAACAACUGGCUUUUCCCCGGACUAUAUCGUCAGGUGGAAGUAUUAAAUAAAAUUAAUUUACUCACUAAAAUAAAGUUAUUAAUGUAAACAUAUUGUUCAUCUGUUUUUAAUAUGUUGGGAAUCGUUUUAUAAAAGCAAUAAGGCACUCGAACCCGGGAACUAUCUUGUAGCCUAUAACUCCCUCCUAAGGGCUGUUUCCCUGGGCCUUUCGCUCCGCAUUGGGCCUAAGAACAGCCCUUAUUCGGGUUAUUCACACGAUAAUCCCCAGGUUCUCAUGCCUUAUUGCUUAAUGAUUUAAAUUUUCUAAUCUGUUUUCAAAUACUGACUGACCAAACAGCAAGUUACAAGUGACCAAAUCGGGUUUGUGUGUGGUCAGACAGCAGUCAUUUGCUGACUUGGCUAGUUGUCAUAGUAACGUGUAGGCUGAUUGAUGGUGGUGCUCGUGCUUCCUAUCACUCAAGAGGUUACGUAUCAAGCUAACGUGACAACAAUGCCUGCCAUGGAUGUUUCCCAGUUGCUUUGAAUGUUGAAAAUCAUAGUGUAAGGACACGUUUAAAGCCUCAUAGGAUAAGAUGAUCCAACUUUCAAAACGAGUCCUUUUUGGCUAGCCACAGCAGUCAACUAGCUAGCUAGGUAGCUGUUUAGCUUUCUAGCGCAUUCACAAAUUUGUUUGUAAACAAUUAACAAGCUAGUUAGCUACCACAUGUUCUUGUCAAAAUCUCAACAGAGUAGCUAGUAAGCAACAAUAUAUGCCAAAUAACAGUCUAAAAACCACUUGAGGGCAAAUACAUCAGAUUUGACCGUUCAGACACAAGUCGAAUGGCCAGGAAUCAGAUUUGUAUCUGAUUUCAAAUUACCUACCAAGGUUUGAAAUGUGGCUUGAAAUAUCAGAUUCAAUGUGCUUUUUGUAUGUUCAGACUGCAGGAAAAAGAACAGAUUCGAAUCGGAUAUGCAAACAAAUAGGAUUUAAGUUACUUCAAACUGCAAAUGUGAACAAGGCUUUAGUACCAGAGUGUACAAUCAUUUGACUGUCUUGGUUGUGUCCUCAGGUGUGGUAGGAGCCCAGAAGAUGGGAUGACAGUUGAAACAAUCAUGGCUUCUUCUGGUGAUGGAUUGUGCGUUAAGGAUUUAUCACCAUUUUGCACAGAUUCUGCAAUGAUUUCCUUUUGUUAGUGAUAAGAAAAACAAGUGAGACUAUUUUGGUAUAAGUUCCAUGAAGUGCAAAUAAGUCAUUCAUUCUCUAAAAAAUAAGAAAGAAAUUGUUGUAUUUUACUAAAGAAAGAAUGUUUAUUUUUUACCAAGAAUUGUCACAUGGAUGCAAGAACCUAUAGAGGACCAUGUGACUUGUUGUUUAAGGUGCAUGAUAGUAAAGAUUUCUUUUGUUAAUAUUUUUUAUCAUUUUAAUUUAGUUUUUCCUCUUAUUUUGUACUGAAAUAGAUUUUUCUGACGUUUUAUUAGCCAGACAUCUUGAAAAUUAUGUUUUGUGCUUGCUGUGUGAGUGUUGCUAUGGUGAAGUGUUAAAUGUUUCUUAUUGUACAGUGAUUUAUCUUAGUGGUCUAGAUUGAUCUUUCCAUCUAGACCACAGUAGCUGUAUAGGCAACCUAGGCUAGAAAUGAGCAAGACAUGGUGAGAGCUAUUGCCUUGUAAAUCAGCGAAAUAGGGCUUUUCCUUUGGAUAUAGCUAAAUAAAUCUGCUGUGUUUAGAUGUUGCUUUUCCCCUCUGAAAAUGAAUCUAAAGUAGACGUUUUUAAGAAAAAAAAGUUUAGAGUGAAUUACCCGCUAAAUCUGAUGAUGAUUUUUUAAUAGGAUGUAAUGUUUGUAUAAUCACAGGGCCUUAAAUGUCUCUGGUUGUUUGAAUGUGGUAGAAAUUCUGCUGAAUUAUCACAUUUUGAAUCUUGCCUUUUUUGAUUACUUGGUGUUGUAGAUUAGCCUAAAAUAAGCUUUGUGGGGUGGGGGUGGAAUAAGGGAGGCUGUGGUUGUGUCUUUUUGGGGGAUGUUGUUGUUCUUUGUCAGUUUGGCAGGAUGUUUCUUUUUCACUUUCAGUUGAAAUGCAAACAGGCAAACUUGGAUCUAUUAUUGUGCAAAAACUAUCAAAGCCUUCCAGUACAACUUACGGCAAACGUUUAAUGGAGUUUGAGUUGGGGAGAAACUGAGAUAAAUAUGUAGAUUUUAUUGCACCUAGCUCUUUGAUAGGAAACAAACAAGCUCGGCACUUUCAAUUUUGAUUUACUUCACCAAAGAACUGUGAGCUAGUAAAUUGAGGAAAUAGUUUAAUUUCUCUCUCUAACCAGGAUGUAAUUGACUUUUUGCCAGACUAGAUUGCAGUUUGGAGAAUGUGCCUUUUUUUGUAUAUUUACAUUCAGUUCUCAUACGUUUUAUGGAAAAUAUGGACACAAACAAGCAUGAAGGAUGAUUCGGAUCCAACAAGUGCCACACACUGAUUUCAUCACUACAGAAAAAUGGAAAAUGCAAUGUUAUAAAAUGAAUAAACCAGGAAAGAAGACAGUUUGAAACUAUGAAAUUACAAAAAAUACAAUAAUUAUCUGUUUUGACAUUGUGUAACAGAAUGAUAUUGCUAAAGUUAGAUUAUUUUGAUCAUAGUAGAUUUGAACAGGCUUUAUGAUUAAGUUGUCUUCCAGAAGCCUGUGUUCUGGCCCAUAUAUGUUAUGUUCUGGCCUGAUGGUCAGACAGACUGACCAGUUAUCUACCUCAGAGUUUACUUUCUCCUCUGUAUUGGGCCAGGUUAGCAGGUCCAGCCCGCCCUUCCAGACCAAACGCCAUGCUCAGGAGCUGGCAAUAUACACUUGUUUCCUUUCAGGUUGUUUUAUUUUCUUCACAAUAAUUGUUUUAUUUUUUAUGACGUAUAAUUAUAAUCAUUCUGAGGAAAAUUGUGCGUUGAGCGUGUUUUAGUUGUGUUCAGAAAUUCAGUUUCAUAGUUUCAAAAAUAGAACUGCUGCUUUCAUCACAAUUCCAGAUUCCAGAGGCUAAUAAAAGUGGUUGAAGAUAAAUAAAAGCUGAAAGCUGUGGUAUUUUCUGGAUCUGUGCUCCUGAGAACAUCAUUGUUGCUUUGUCAGAGUCCAGACAGACUUGCAGCAGCAUUUCCUCUGAAGUCAGCUUGAGUUGAGUUACCAAAGUGAAGGGCCAUUGUGACUAUACUUGAGAUUUCUGUGUAACGCAUGAGACUGAUAACUAAUACUGUUGAAUUCUUGUGAGGGUUAUGCUGCUAGUAAUGUCUGAACCAAGUGCCAUACUGCAUCUGGGUCAAGAGUUGGAAAGGUGCAUAAAGAAAGAAAAGCUCAUUUAAUUAACCAUAAUGUUAAACAGUCAUUAAGUUAUAUUGAAAAGUACUAAUUUAUGAAGAUACGUUUUGUACAGAUCGUUUGAAGAAAAAAAAGAUUUUCAUAGAGAUAUCGAUAUGAGAGUUAAUUUGUUAUUUUCUUUUACAUGUGCCACACAUUUGCCAGUGGUAACUUGUAUGUCCAGUUUAAGGAAACUUUCCUCUAUAUUUUUGUUUUGUAGUGUUUGUUAAAGCCAAAAAUAUGUUUUUCAGUAGAUUGUUACUUAAGCUUUAUUUCUGUUAAUUUCUUAGA